AUGGCGUCUCUUGUCGACCAGCAGCAUGAAUGGUCCGCCGCGCGCGUGCGCAACACCUUCCUCGACUACUUCAAGAAAAAUGGGCACACCUUUGUGCCCUCGUCGUCGGUCGUCCCGCUGUCCGACCCCACCCUACUCUUCACCAAUGCCGGCAUGAACCAGUACAAGUCCAUUUUCCUCGGCACCGUUGACCCCCAAUCCGACUUUGCUCAGCUCAAGCGCGCCGCCAACUCGCAAAAGUGCAUCCGCGCCGGUGGCAAGCACAACGAUCUGGACGAUGUCGGCAAGGACAGCUACCACCACACCUUCUUCGAAAUGCUGGGCAACUGGAGUUUCGGCGACUACUUCAAGAAAGAGGCCAUCCAGUUCUCGUGGGAGCUGCUGACCAAGGUCUACGGCCUGGACGGCGACCGCCUGUACGUGACAUACUUUGAGGGUGACGAGAAGCUCGGCCUGGAAGCAGAUACCGAGGCCAGGGAUCUCUGGCUGUCUGUCGGCGUCGCCGAGGACCACAUCCUGAAGGGCAAUGUCAAGGACAACUUCUGGGAAAUGGGCGACCAAGGCCCUUGCGGUCCUUGCAGCGAGAUCCACUUUGACAGGAUAGGCGGCCGCAACGCUGCGCACCUUGUCAACCAGGACGACCCCAAUGUUCUCGAGAUCUGGAACAACGUUUUCAUGCAGUACAACCGCGAGCCUGAUAGGUCCCUCCGGCCGCUGCCCAACAAGCACAUUGACACUGGCAUGGGCUUCGAGCGUCUGGUUUCCAUCCUGCAGGACAGGACGUCCAACUACGACACGGAUGUUUUCACGCCGUUGUUCAAGGUCAUCCAGGAGAUCACCGGCGUGAGGGAGUACCGCGGCAAGUUUGGCGACGAGGACCCUGAUGGCAUCGACACUGCGUACCGCGUUGUUGCUGACCACGUCCGUCUGUUGACCUUCGCCAUUUCUGAUGGAGCUAUUCCGGACGCCGUCGGCCGUGGUUACGUCGUUCGCAGAGUUCUGCGGAGAGGCGCUCGCUACGCGCGCAAGUACCUCAACACCGACAUUGGCAACUUUUUCUCCAAGAUUGUGCCGACGUUGGUUGAGCAGGUCGGUGACAUGUUCCCGGAAAUCAAGAAGAAGGAGCAGGACGUAAAGGAGAUUCUUGACGAGGAGGAGCAGGCGUUCGCAAAGAGCUUGGACCGUGGUGAAGUCAUGUUCGACAAGUACGCCAAGCAGUGCGAGGAGCAAAAGACCAAGAAGCUGUCCGGUGCGGACGUCUGGAGGCUGUACGACACGUACGGUUUCCCCGAGGAUUUGACGCUCAUCAUGGCUGAGGAGAGAGGCCUUACCAUUGAUGACGCUGAGGUCAGGGAGGCUCAGGCUAAGGCCAAGGAGGCCAGCAAGGGCGAGAAGAAGGCUGGCGCUGCCAUUGUCAAGCUGGACGUGCACGCCAUUGGCCAGCUUCAGGAGAUGAAGAUCGCGCCGACCGACGACUCCGCCAAGUUCGGCAGGGACAACAUCAAGGGCCAGAUCAAGGCCAUCUACCACCAGGAGAAGAAGUUUGUCAAGUCGACAAGCGAGAUCCCCGAGGGCGAGCAGUUUGGUCUGAUCCUGGACAAGUCCAACUUCUACGCUGAGCAGGGUGGUCAGGAGUAUGACACGGGCAAGAUCAUGAUCGAGGGCGAGCGCGAGUCCGCUUUUGAUGUGCAAAAUGUCCAGGUCUCGAAUGGCUACGUCUUCCACACCGGUCACCUCAACUACGGCUCUCUCUCCGUUGAUGACGAAGUUCUCUGCGAAUAUGAUGAGCUCAGACGCAACCCUAUCCGCACCAACCACACCGGCACGCACGUCCUCAACUACGGCCUGCGUGAGAUUUUGGGCUUCGAGAUUGACCAGAAAGGUUCGCUCGUCGCUCCGGAGAAGCUGCGCUUCGAUUUUUCGCACAAGUCCGCUGUGACGGAGGCCCAGAUCAAGAAGAUUGAGGAGGUGUGCUCGGGCUACAUUCGUGACAACCGGUCCGUCUACGUGGAGCCCAUUGCCGUUGCGGAUGCUUACAAGAUUCGUGGUGUGCGCGCCAUCUUCGGCGAGAAGUACCCUGACCCCGUCCGCGUUGUCUCCAUUGGUGCUCCUGUUUCCGAGAUCAUGAAGGACCCCGACAACGAGAAAUGGGAGAAGCUGUCGAUUGAGUUCUGUGGUGGUACCCACGUUAACUCGACUGGCGAAAUCAAGGAGCUCGUUAUUCUGGAGGAAAGCGGCAUUGCCAAGGGCAUUCGUCGUAUCAUCGCUGUCACGGGUCAGGGCGCCUAUGACGUCCAGCGCGUCGCUGCUGACUUUGACGAGCACCUCACCAAGCUGGAGAAGAUGCCGUUUGGUGCGGAUAAGGAGGCUCUGGCCAAGUCGACCCAGACGCAGCUGAAUGAGCUGUCCAUUUCUUACGUGACUAAGGAGGCUUUCCGCAAGCGCAUGACUGCGGUCUCCAAGGCCAUCUUGGACGAGCAGAAGAAGGCGUCCAAGGCCGAGAACAAGAAGGUCUUGGAUGCUGUCACCGGCUACUUUGAGAAGAACAAGGAUGCCAAGUUCCUCGUCCAGAAGCUCGACUACUCGCCUCACGUCAACAAGGCCAUUACGGAGGCCAUCAAGCACGUCAGCUCCAAGAGCAAGGACAAGACUGUGUACCUGAUCUCUGCCAGCACGGAGGAGGGCAAGGUCGCUCACGGUUGUUACAUGGGUGAUCACUUCGAGACCCAGGGCGGCUCUGCCGGCGACUGGGCGAACCAGGUCUCGGGCGUCAUUGGUGGUAAGGCGGGUGGCAAGGGCAAGACUUCGAUCGGCCAGGGCACCAAUGCCGACAAGGUCGAUGAGGGUGUCGAGCUCGCUACCAAGUACCUGGAGAAGUUCCAGCUGUGA